AUGUUUCCCCUUGCUCGAUGUCGACAGAUUCUCUGCUUGUUAUUAAUUUCAAUCUUUCUGCAAUUGAUAACUGCCAGCAACAUCUAUCCACCGAAUUUCCCAUCAAAUCUCAAAUACGAUUUCUUGGUCAGAGACCCAAGUCAUAACCCAGAAAUCGAACCAUAUCAAGAGAAAAGACAUCACCGAAAUCGAGGGAAAGCCAAAGCGAAAGCAAAAUACGUGUCGAUCUCUCCAAUCGACGGAAUGCUUCGAAUUUUGGACAAAGAUCGACCCUGGGCACGCGCGAUCAAUCGAUAUUUAUAU